AUGGCCGGCCCUGACCUCCUCCGCCCAGAUCCAGGUCUGGCCAUCGUGGUCAUGGGGGUCAGCGGCUGCGGCAAAUCCUCUGAUGCGAAUUUUCUGUUCUGCCGCAGGACCGUGGCGGCGAUGCUCGCGGAGGCGCUGGGCUGCGGCUUCGUCGAGGCGGACGACUACCACUCCCAGACAAACAAAGAUAAGAUGAGCAGGGGCGUCCCGCUCACCGAUGAGGACCGCCUCCCGUGGCUGGAGUCGCUGCGCGACGCCAUCCGGGACCGGCUGGGCCGCGGCGAGGACGUCGCCGUCAGCUGCUCGGCGCUGCGGCUAGGGUACAGGGAGGUGCUCCGAGAAGGUGAUCGGAACUACAAGCCAGGGAGCUACGGGUCCUGCAGGGUGAAGUUCGUGUGCCUGGAGGCGUCGGCGGAGGUGAUCGCCGAGCGGGUGGAGCGGAGGGCGGCGGAAGGGGACCACUUCAUGCCGGCGAGCCUGGUGCGGAGCCAGCUGGACCUGCUCGAGAUCGACGCGGCGGAGGGGAUCACCGUAGUCGACGCCACCGUGCCCGCCCACGCCAUCGUCGAAGCCACCAUCACCCAGUUCAGGGAGGAGCUGGCCUCGACGGCGCGCUGA